AGCUCCUCUGCAGGAGCGUGUAUCCUGGCUUGGGCACGCUGAGCCAUGGCAGCCCUGCUGAGACCCGCGCGUUGGCUGCUCGGGGCCGCGGCCACCCCGCGCCUCCCGCUGACCCUGCGCCUCCUUGCGGGCGGCCCGGGCCGGCUAUUUUCCGUCUCUCGGGUGGCUGCCGCGGGUGGCAGGCCGCCUGCGAGAGAGCUGCUGAGCCAAGCCAGGUUAUAUGCCAUUGCUGCUGAAAAGAGGGAUCUUCAAGAGGAGCCUGCUCCUGUGAGAAGGAAUAGCAGCCAGUUCGAUUGGGCUCUGAUGAGACUGGAUAAUUCUGUCCGAAGAACGGGCCGCAUUACCAAGGGACUUCUGCAGAAAGUCUUUGAGAGCACGUGCCGCUCAGGUAGCCCAGGAGGUAACCAGGCCCUGCUCCUGCUGCGCAGCUGUGGUUCACUCUUGCCUGAACUGAGUCUCGCAGAAAGGACAGAAUUUGCUCAUAAGAUAUGGGACAAACUUGAGAAAUUAGGUGUCGUGUACGAUGUCAGUCAUUACAAUGCUUUACUUAAAGUGUAUCUUCAAAAUGAACACAAAUUUUCACCUACUGAUUUCCUGGCAAAGAUGGAGAGAGCAAACAUUCAACCCAAUCGAGUAACAUACCAGAGGCUGAUUGCUGCCUAUUGUGAUGUCGGAGACAUUGAAGGUGCCAGCAAGAUUCUUGGAUUUAUGAAAACGAAGGACCUUCCCGUCACGGAGGCAGUAUUCAGUGCCCUUGUUACAGGCCAUGCAAGAGCUGGGGAUAUGGAGAAUGCAGAGAAUAUUCUCACGGUGAUGAAAGAGGCUGGCAUUGAACCUGGGCCAGACACGUAUGUGGCCUUGUUGAGCGCAUAUGCUGAGAAGGGUGACAUUGACCAUGUUAAGCAGACUCUGGAGAAAGUAGAGAAGUCGGAUCAUUAUCUUACGGGCCGUGAUCUACUGCAAGUUAUUGUCACCCUUAGCAAGGCUGGAUAUCCUCAGUAUGUCUCACAAAUUCUGGAAAAAGUUACCUUUGAAAGAAGAUAUAUUCCAGACGCAAUGAACCUCAUUUUGCUUUUAGUCACUGAAAAGCUGGAAGAUACUGCAUUCCAGAUUUUAUUAGCGUUACCCAUGUCAAAGGAAGAGAGCAUAAAUGCAUCUGGCAGUUUCUUCUUGCGGCACUGCGUGACGAUGGAUACGCCUGCGGAGAAGCUCAUAGACUACUGUAAGAAGCUGAAGGAAGCCAAGCUACACAGCUUUUCGUUGCAGUUUAUCCUGCAGUGUGCUCUACUGGCCAACAAAACUGCUUUGGCAAAAGCAGUGAUGCAGGCCUUGAAGGAAGAAGACUUUCCUAUCCGUCCUCACUACUUCUGGCCACUGCUGGUUGGACAUCAGAAAACAAAAAAUGUUGAAGGAAUAAUAGAUAUCCUCAAAAUAAUGAAUGAAUUGGAAGUAGAUCCUGAUCAGGACACAUACAUAAAUUAUGUGUUUCCAUGUUUUGAUAAUGUAGAGUCAGCUCAAGCUGCUUUGCAGAAAAAUGAAUGUCUACCUAAAGGAAAUAAAUUUGCCCAGGCUGAACUGAGAAGUGAAGCGAUGAAUGGGAAUUUACAGAACAUUCUGUCACUGUUGGAAUCAAAUGAAUUUCCUUUAUCGCUGAAUUCUUUGAGAAGCAGCCUAAUUCUCGGCUUUAGGAGGUCUAUGGAUGUAGAUCUUUGGAGCAAGAUAACAGAAUUAUUUUACAAGGAUGGACGUUACAGCCGAGAACCUUCAGCACCAACAGAGGCUGUUGGCUAUUUUCUUUACCAAUUGAUUGACAGCAUGAGUGACUCAGAGGUACAGGCCAAGGAGGAGCAUUUGAGACAAUACUUCCAUCAGCUGAAGAAGAUGAAUGUUAAAGUCCCAGAAAACAUCUAUAAAGGCAUUCGUAAUUUGCUGGAUAGCUACCAUGUUCCUGAAUUGAUUAAGGAUGUUAAGGUGCUGGUUGACAGAGAGAAGGUAGAUUCUUGGAAAACUUCACAACUUACCCCAUCUGAUCUGGAAUCACAACUUGAAAGACUCCAAGCUGACAAUCAGCCUAUAGGAGAUGUCCUGAAGCAGCUCGUCCUGCUGCUCUGCUCUGAGGAGAAUAUGCAAAAAGCCCUUGAAGUGAAAGCAAAAUAUGAAUCAGACAUGGUUAUUGGUGGCUAUGCAGCUCUAAUAAAUUUGUGCUGUCGACAUGAUAAUGUAGAAGAUGCAUUGAACUUGAAACAAGAAGUUGACCGCUUAGAUCCUUCUGCUGUUCUUGACACUGCCAAGUAUGUAGGCCUUGUAAAAGUAUUGGGAAAGCAUGGCAAGCUCCAAGAUGCUAUUAAAAUUCUAAAGGAGAUGAAAGAGAAGGAUGUCGUUAUCAAAGAUUCAACAGUCAUGUCCUUUUUCCACAUCCUAAAUGGCGCAGCUUUAAGAGGUGAAAUUGAAACAGUAAAACAGUUGCAUGAAGCCAUUGUGACUCUUGGGUUAGCAAAGCCGUCUACCAGCAUAAGCAUCCCCUUGGUCACUGUGCAUCUAGAAAAGGAUGAUUUACCUGCUGCUCUUGAAGCCAGCAUUGACUGCUGUGAAAAAUAUAAAAUAUUACCCAGGAUUCAUGAUGUCUUGUGUAAGCUAAUAGAGAAAGGAGAGACUGAUUUGAUCCAGAAAGCCAUGGAUUUUGUGAGCCAUGAACAGGGUGAAAUGUCAAUGCUGUACGACCUCUUCUUUGCCUUUCUACAGACAGGAAAUUACAAAGAGGCCAAGAAGAUCAUUGAGACUCCAGGCAUUAGAGCUCGACCUGCAAGACUUCAGUGGUUUUGUGAUAGAUGUAUUUUCAGUAAUCGGGUUGAAACUCUUGAAAAGUUAGUGGAGCUGACCCAGAAGCUGUUUGAGUGUGAUAGAGACCAGAUGUACUACAGCUUACUCAAACUACACAAAAUAAACAGUGACUGGCAACGAGCUGAUGCUGUCUGGAAUAAAAUGCAGGAAGAAAACAUUAUCCCCCGUGAAAGGACGCUGCAACUGUUAGCAGAGAUCCUGAGAACCGGCAACCAGGAAGUUCCCUUCGACGUUCCUGAGUUGUGGUUUGAAGAUGACAGCUCGUCCCUGAGUUCUUCAUCACCGCCUGCAGUAGAAACCAUCACUGAGAAGAUGUUGUUGGAGAGCUGCAAUUUGCGCAAGAACAAAGACGCAUAUAAUAUCUUCCUCAAAGCUCAAAAGCAAAACAUUGUGUUUAACAGUGAAACUUACAGCACAUUGAUAAGCUUACUGCUGAGGAGAGACUGUUUUACGCAAGCAAUGCAAGUGAGAGACUUCGCCGAGACCCACAUCAAGGGCUUCACACUGAACGAUGCUGCCAACAGCCUCCUCAUCAUAGCGCAAGUUAGGCGGGAUUAUUUGAAAGUGGCUGUGGAAACUCUAAAAGCAUCCUUGGCCCUGGAGCAGGUCCCCUCUAAAGUAGCCAUCACCCGCCUCAUCCAGGCCUGUGCCUUGAAGGGUGACCUGGAAAGCAUAGAGGCCAUCCGUGGGAUGGUAAACGGGCUGGACGAGAUUGGACUCUCAAAAAUGGUUUUCAUCAAUAACACUGCCUUGGCCCAGAUGAAGAAUAACAACAUAGAUGUUGCCAUAGAAAAUAUUGAACACAUGCUUACAUCAGAGAAUCGAACCAUAGAACCACAGUACUUUGGCUUGUCAUAUUUAUUCCGAAAAGUCAUAGAAGAACAGAUGCAGACAGCGCUAGAGCGGUUGAGCAUCAUGUCUGAGAAACUGGCCAAUCAGUUCGCGCUUUACAAGCCUGUCACGGAUCUCUUCCUGCAGCUUCUGGACUCAGGAAAGGUGGAUGAGGCCAGAGCUCUCUUAGAGAGGUGUGGUGCCAUUGCUGAACAAAGCUCAGUUAUGGCGGUGUUCUGUGUCAGGAGCUCUCAGAAACGGAACAAGGCACCGGUGCUGAAGACUUUGUUAGAACUGAUUCCUGAGUUAUAUGAUAAGAAAGAAGCAUACUCUUCCAUCAUGAAAAGCUAUGUCUUAGACAAGGACGUGGCCUCCGCCAAGGAGUUGUAUGAGCACUUGACAGCAAAGAACAUGCCGCUGGAUGAGCUGUUUCUGAAGCGCUAUGCGACUUUGCUCAAGGAGGUUGGCGAGCCUGUACCCUUCACAGAGCCUCCUGCGAGCUUUGAGUUUUAUGUGAAGCAGCUAAAAGAAGCAAAGGAAAACCCUUCAUGAAAGAAGCAGCACUGGGUGUGGGUGUGAGUGUGUGUGAGUGAGCGUGAGUGUGUGAGUGAGCGUGAGUGUGUGAGUGCUAGUGUGUGUAUCAUGCUCGUGCAGACGUGCAUGCACAUAUGCCUGUGUGUAAAUGUUAUUUCUAAAGUGUACUUGAAAAAUAAACCAAUGAAAGUGAA